AUGUCGGACUCCAAAUCAAGGCUAUUGUCCCAAAUUCCGCUUAUUGUGAUGCCAGGGAAGUUCAUCAAGCCACAUCCUGUGAUGCUACCCUACGACUUUGAGCAACUACCGGCCUCCACGCAAAUAUACAAAGAGCAAGAAUUAGACGCACUCAUAUUGCAAUUAGAUGACCUACGCGAAAAUCAGCGGCAGAUGGCCGAUCAAGUAAGGGAAAGAUACGGGGAUACAGCAUUGAGUUGUCGAUCUCAGCCAUUCGAUGACUGGGAGCAAAAUAUCCGAAGGGUGGCACCAGGAUAUUUUGGAGCUGACGGCAAGGUGAAUAUUAUGACUCCGACUAGACACCGUGGCGAGCAUGAAAAACAGCAGGACCGAGAACAGAACGCAGAGUUAGCUGAUUCGGAUACCAAACAGAAGUCCACUGAAGAUUGCGAGCCACAGCUGACGGGCGCGAGCUUCGACCUUGCAAAUCUACGUAUAGAAUAG